AUGUGGCUCACAUCCAGAUUGCGCCAGGCUGAGCGAGGCCGCCAGUCUGCUGAGCUGGACAACCGGCUCUUCAAACAGGACUUUGGAGACAAGAUCAACAGUCUGCAGCUGGAAGUGGAGGCGCUCACCAGGCAGCGGACUCAGCUGGAGUUAGAACUGAAACAAGAAAAGGAGAGGAAGUCACAAAACAGGGGCACCCCAGGGAAGGGGGCCCAGAAGCCAGAGCUGCGCAUGGAUGGGAAGCACAGAAUCCAAGAGGAAAAUGUUAAACUAAAGAAGCCCCUGGAAGAAAGCCACAGGCUUCUGACUCACCCUGCAGAGGAACAGGGUCAGCCUUUGCUCUCUGAAAAGCCACGGGUGUGUCAGUUGUGCCAGGAAGACGACUGCCUGACAAAGAACACGUGUAGAAACUGCAGAGGAACCUUCUGUAAUGCCUGCACAACAAAUGAACUGCCUCUUCCUUCAAGCAUCAAGCCUGAGCGAGUGUGCAAUCUUUGUCACGAGCAGCUGAUAAAGCAGUACUCCACCAGCCCACCCUAAAACUGGAGGCAAGACCAGGCCAGAGUGUUGAUGCCGGGCGGGCCUUGCUCGCACGUGGUAGACGCAAGGUGCCCUGGAACCGAGUCUUUAGAACCAACCCUAGCCGGUAGGAAAGACAGAAGUAAACCAGGUCGGUGUCCCGGGGAAGGCAGAGCUCGGAGGUGCUCUGACCUUUGCUCAUCUUCUCUAAUGAGUGCGUAAAUAAAAGUUGCUGAGCCUUUCCCUUCAACACCUAAACAAGCCCAUCUUGGAGAACUUAUCAGCGUUAUCUUUGGGCUUUGUUUUGUUUUGUUUUGUUUUUUGAGACAGGGUUUCUCUGUAUAGCCCUGGCUGUCCUGGAACUCAC